GUGUCAGCCAUCCAGUGUGAUCAAAGUGGAGCGACGCUUCGGGCCUUUUCGUGCUUGCGUUCAGCUAGCGUGCUCUCUUCCAGUUCUUUCGCUCGAUCCUCGUCUCUCUCCUACUCACCGCUUUCCACCAUUCGCCUGUCACCCCGCGGGCCAUCGUUGAACCUUCGAUAUCACCGUGAUUUGGACAACCGUCUGGGAUACACUUUUUGAGGGGGCGCCGAAGGAGCGAGAGCUUGAGACAGGCAUGGGCAACACAACCUCACAGCAGAUGUCCGAUGGAAUGACGGGCGGCAUCGGCACAGCGCCGCGCCCCACUCCGUCGGGCGCACCCCCGCCGACAUGGGGCAAGGAGCGGGAGUCGCCCACCGCAUCCGUCUCUACCACCCCCACCAAGUCGAAACACACGACCGCGACGACGCCCAUGUCCGUCAUCGGCACCUCCUCGACCGCCGCAGACGCGCAGCGCAACGGGGCGCCCAACGGCCACGCGCCCGAGUCCACUCUGCGGCCGAACCGCAAGUCCAUCGACCUGCCCGGCCUCAACACGUUUGCGUACUCGCCGGCGAUGACGCCGCGCUCACGCGGAUCGCGCAUUAUGGAGCGCGGGCGGUCGUUCGUUGGCCGCGGGGGCAGGCGGGGCGGUGGUGGCAGUUUCGCCAAAACGAACGGCAAGGGCGUGCCGCCACCCCGCAGUGCGGCGAUCGCCAUCCCAGGGCCCGGGCGCCGGCUCUCUGGGGACGAGGAGCAGGAUACUGGGUACGGGCGACACAUGGCCAAUCGCAAGCAUGAGAAGGAUGCGGAGCGCGACCGGGACCGAGACAUUCAGGGCGAUGAGAGACGCAGAGGCCGGACACGGUCGCGCUCACGACCCGGUGUUCCACGCCGUUCCUCAAAUCACCACGACCGAAAUUACCACCACAAAUCCCAACGCCACCACGACUCCCGCUCUCAGUCCUCCGAGCGGGAUCCCCGCGAAACACAUCUGCGUGCGUCGUCCCCAGCCUCGAGGUCCGGGUCAGGGCGAACCGACUCGCCCUCGGCCGUUAGCGACGAAGACCACUUCCGUGGGCGCAGUCCCUCGCGCGGCCGCCCCGAUAGAAACUUCCAAGUGCCGUAUUCGUCACCUGUUGAUAACGAGCAUACCCGAGCGCAUCAAGCAGCGAUGGCGGCCGCCACAGCGACCCCUGUCGGCCCUAGACAUGUCGUGGACUCGAUGGAGUACACGAAUGGCACAGAUCAGAGCACCAGAACAGUGUCGCGCAACGAUUCAGGCGACAUCAUCCGCUCGACGAUCCCUCUCACUUUGGGGCCCUCUGCGCUCAUUGGGAUCGGGCAGGGUGAUCCCGAUGUCGAACAAGAGGAAGGAGAGGACGAGAUUGACACUAGGAGGAAGGUUGCUGAGGCGGUUAUUGACGAGAUUGUUGGCGAUCCGCGAGCGUUGACUCCCGUUACUAUUCCCUGGAGGGGACCUGGAACUGAUGUUUACUUAAUCCGUGCGGGAGACGAGGACUGGUCUCAUCCAACACGGAUGACGAGGGAGUCUCCCGACGAACCGUUCACGACCACCGUGUAUCUGUCACCCGGAACGCAUCAUUUCCGAUUCAUCGUUGAUGGGAACACGCUCGUUGCGCCUUCCAGCGACAUCACCAAUGCUGUCGACGAUCAAGGCUUCAUCGCCAACUAUGUGGCCAUCGUCACCCCGCCGGUCAUCGGCGCCAACGUUCCUCCGGCCGAGCUGAGGGCAGUCACCGCCUCGACGACCUCAGUGAUCCCCCAGUCAUCACGGGUUGACCCUCCGGCCACGAGCCCGACGGUCAGCCCAACGACCAGCCCCAAGACGCGGAGAGCGCGCAUGGGUCUGCCGCAGGCACCCGGGGAGAGUUUCUGGACGCGCAGCAGCGACACUGACAGCACGGAAAACCUGCAGGACCGAGCGAACGUGACGACGAACGGCCACGAGCUCGGACAGAGCAAGAAGCGGGGGAUCGUGUGGUCGUCUGAGAUUCCUGCUGCGCUCCUGGCGGCUGAGAGGCAGGAAACUGCGUGGUACCAUGCGCAGGAGGAAUACUACAACGGAGGGCAUCCCGUCGUCCUAAAUGGGUUUGAAUCGUUGAACAUCCCGGAACUAUCGGUCCUGCCCCAGCAUCUCAUCAGCCUCAUCCUCAACCGACCGAGUCCGGGAAUCGUCAUCCCUCGCGCUGGGACGGGUGCAGGGAAUUACGGCUUCGUCACCCCGCCACUGACUUCGCCGCAAGCGGGCAACGGGCCGAGGUCCGAGCUUCGAGUAACGACUGCGAGCGGGACGGACGUCACGAAGCCGAUGCAGAGCCUGAUGAUGAGCAGCACGAUUGCUCCCGACACACCGCGGCGGCCGCACCCGCAGUUCAGCGAGGUGGCGCCGUCGCGGGUGUCGAACUCUGCGGGGUCGCCGAACGGCGGCACGCCCCUGAUCGCCGACGACCCGAGUGUGCUGCAGACCCCGUCGCACGCGGUGCUACAUCAUCUGUGUACGACGUCGAUCAAACAUGAGACGAUAGCUGUGGGGAUGUCGACCAGGUAUAGACAAAAAUUCCUCACGACAGUGUAUUACAAGCCUGUGGAUGCCGCUCUUUGGGCUGGCCAGUAGACCUGCAGCCGUCAUCCACUCGUUUGACAGUGAGACGACCGCCCGCCCGACCGCCCGACCGACCGACUGGCCGUUGGUCCUGUAGAAUGUAGACUCGUGUCCUAUUCAGCCUAUGUUUCGUUCAUUGCCCGCAAGCAUCUCUUCUUAUCCCAUUAUCUCGGCUGUCGGCCUGCAUUCGAGCGUAUCCAGACACACACACACCCGAUCGUUUAAAAUUGUAUCCUAGUCACUAUACACGACGGUCCGUCUAUCGAACUAGUUGGAGCCUGACACCGGUCGUUCUGCGUGUGGAGUCCGUCCUGUGAAGAGAGAGCCAGCCAGCCGGGGGUAAGGAGGGCAACUCUAAGAAGCUGUGGUUGCACUCUGACGAAGUGGGAGAGAAGUUUGAUUGUGAUGCCGUGAAGAGCGAUCGCGGCUGCACAGGGCUGACGGAGACCUACAUAUAUGUACCUGACCUUACAGCAGGUAUGAUUCCGCCAGAAGUUCGCGUCAAUAGAGAGACGGACGGACGGACGGACAGCGUCGCGCCGGAUCAUCCCCUGGAACCUUCUCCAGAGCUUGUACACCAGCUGCUGCGGGCGAGAGAAGGCAGACAGCCUGAAGGGAGGCGGCUGGGAGACACACGUUCGCGGCAUCGGAUCGAUAAGCACGUACGCACGCACGCACGGAGCCUUCUGGAUAUUCCAGGCGUCUUCUGCGUCUUCUGCUCUUCCCAGCGCCUGUUCGCGCGAGUGCGAGUGGACGUGGGCGUGGGAGCCGGGAGGGGGCGAUCGUGGCGCGCGUCCACGAUCCACGGCCGCUCGAUCCAGGCCACAGAUAAGCCAGAGAGUAUCUCACAGAACUCGGGGGCUGCUGACAGGCAUGGGUCCUGGGUCUAGAUGAUGAUGACGACGGGUCGUGGUCAUGGGCGGCGGGGGCGUGGCGAGCCUGCGGACGGGUAAUACCUGUGCGGAAUUCACCGAAGAUGCUGCGAGGCAGGUGGUCAUCGAGUAAGAGAGAGAGAGAGGAAGGAAGGAAGGAAUAGUUCCCGUUGCAGCUAGGACCUGAAGGCGCCCGAAAAAUGCCGUAGAGGGAUCGCUGGAAGGAUGAUCUAUCUGAUAGAGUCGCCGCCAACAAGUGAUCUCACAAAAUGAAUCCAGAGUUACAUAAGUCUAACCUUGGAGCACGUCCUGACAUCGUAAAGAUACGCGAUCCGAUGAAAAUCCGAGCGGAUGGAUCGCGUUUGCGCGGAAGUGAGGUGCUGGAACUGGGUGCAAUGGAGAUUGAUCGAUCUUAUCUGAUUACGAGGCAACGGUGAUCGAGCGGGGCAAGUCGGGGUCCGAGCCCCCCGGUAUGCACCGAUAGGAUCAGCUACGCACAGAGGGCAGAAUCCCGGCGAUUGGGAUUCAGAUCCAUAACCGUGCGAUUAUCGGCUCGGUCGGACAGACGCGGUCGACGUGCAUUGAUUGGGAAGUACUUGCGCUGACUAGGGAAAUCAUCCACAACACAAAUCACCGCGGAUCAUCCGAGUCCGUCAUACCCCGCAUUGUGAAUUCCAGGUCCUCCUCCAGCGCCGCGACUGUGACUGCGACUGCGACUAGACCAGAGCCCCAUCUCGCCUCGCACGGUCGGCGUGCCAAGGCCGCGGUGCACCACACCACGCCCCAGCCCACCCGCCACGCAGGUCCUUCGCCAUUGGAGUGAACGCGGGAACGAAAUUCUGAUGCACUGCUGCAUCAGAAGUCGAGGGCCAUGUCAUCUCGGCUGCUGUAGCCUGGACUGCGAGCGGGUUCUGGGCUCGGGCUCUGGAAGGACGCAGGGCCUCGCGGUGGACGCACUUGGGGCUCCACCCCCCAUGUGCAUGCACGGUCGGGAUUCCCGCUGCGCUUCGUUCCAGCCUCGGAGACCGUGUUCGCGAGGCGGUGUUGAUCCUAGGGUAUGCUAUGCCAUCAGGAUUAGCUUUGUCCUCCCCCCCUCUCUGCUGUCGAGUUCGUUUGAUUCAUCCGAGUACCCCACCGUCUGAUGCGGAAGCUCGCGCCACCACUGUCUAAAUGAGCCGCCACUGGAUCCUGAGGUCACGAAUCCUGCGCUUGCAUCAGAAGUCGGUGACUGGUUCUGGCAUCUGUCGUGAUUUGUGAAGAGUUUAGGAUUCUCAUGAGACGUCGUUUGAUAAGAGGACAAUAGCACGUAAACCUAGUGACGAUACACUUCUCCCUGUCAUCGUUCCAGUCAAAUAUCAAAAGCGACGGAAGUGUGAGCACCGCCACAGCUUUCCUGUUUCGGAACCGUUCGCAUACACGCACAUAUCACGUGCAGCUACACUCCACGCGUCACAGACGAUCCAGUUGAUCAACCCUGCAAAGCGCGAUGCCGUUCGUCCCCCGCGUCUCGCCCCGGAUUGCGGUAGUCCAGUUCCAGCCAAAGAUUGGCCAGAUCCAGGCGAAUAUAGCGAAAGCACGGGAGCUAUGUCGCGGGAUCCCUGCACGGUCGGUGGACCUGGUUUGUCUGCCCGAGAUGUGCUUCAGCGGAUACGUCUUCGAAUCCGCGUCCGCGAUACAACCGCAUCUCGAGACGCCGCGCACGGGCCCUACGUCACGGUUUGCUGCGGAUCUCGCGCGGCGGCUCGAAUGCUACGUCGUGGCGGGGUACCCGGAGCUCAUCACCCCCGAAGAAGCAGAGCGGCACUUCGCACGGACAAGCAGGCGCGUGGUGGGCGCGAAUAGCGCUGUGCUGUGCGACCCGCAGGGGGAGUGGGUCGGCGGGUACCGCAAGACGAAUCUGUUCCACGUCGACGAGACGUGGGCUCUCCCCGGCACCGGGUUCGGGACGUUCCAUCUGCCACCGCCGCUGCACACCGUGGCGCUGGGGAUCUGCAUGGACCUCAACGCGCAGCCCCCGCACGACUGGACGAUCACGCACGGCCCAUUCGAGCUCGCCGCGCACUGCCUCGAGACCCGCGCGAACGUCCUCGUGCUCCUCAAUGCGUGGCUGGACUCUGGCCGGGCGGGCGAGGAGGAGAGCGACAUGCUGACCAUGAAUUUCUGGGCCGAGCGGCUGCGCCCGCUGUGGGUCCCGAAUAGCGUCCCGUCAGAUCCGAAUCCGGGGAACUCCGAGAGUGGGGAACGUCCAGAAACGAUCGUUGUGGUUGCCAAUCGGACUGGCACGGAGAAAGGGACGACCUUCGCUGGAAGCUCGGCUGUGUUCAAGAUGAGGCGCGGCGGAGGAAAGAAAGGGAUCCUGCGUGCUGCGCUGGGGCGAGACGAAGAAGACGUGAUGAUCUGGGAUGACAUCGCUGGCUGUUAGAUUCUGAUAGGCUGUGAUAACACCUCUGAAGACGUGACCUCUUGAACGGCCGGCCUGCCAGUGCUCUGUCUGUGCCUUCGGUUGAUUUGCUUUGAGUGGGCUUGGCCGACGGUGAACCUCAAAAGCUAGGUACA